AAAAAACGCUUGUUUCUUUAGACAUUCCAGCACACAAAAUACCCGCAUCGUUUGUAAAGAGUAUUCCCUUUCAUAUGUAAUUGUCUAAUUAUUCCGCAUAAGCUUCACCCAUAGGGGAAAGUCCCUAAAUAACGGCAGGGACCAUAAAAUACAUGCCAGCGUCAUGGGUAACUACGUUACCCGUUACCGAGUUGCCAUGGCAAGGAAGAAGGGGUUUGAUAAAGAAAAGCGUCGCUUCCAAUCGUUUGGUCGAUAAAAUACGAAACGUUCAUGUUGUUGUCGAUAAGUUAGCGCACUAUUUCGAAAGUGCAAGUGAAUCCGUUGGAAAUUUUCCAUCCAAUUGAACCCCCAAUAUGUGGAAACUAAAAAGUAAGCUGAAACGAAAAUUCCGCUCAUCUAAGAUAGAUUGUAAUAGCAAUCGAGUAGAUUACGAUGUGCCCUCGUUCGAUUCCGAAAGUCCUGCAAGACCCGCAUCGGAACAAUCCGAUACAUCGGUGGUUGUACCGCGAAAUACUGGUUACCAUAGGCACUCGCGGAGUAGCUGUAGUGCACCGGUCGUGGGACGUGGUACCGGUGGUGCAAGCGCCAGUAGCGAAAAUUCAUCCCUUUUCAGCUACAACUGUUGCUAUAAUUACAAUUUUCACAUCAAUUACAAUGUGCACCAUCGGCUGCAACACCCUCCGCUUCAUCAUCACCAUCAUCAUCCUAAUCACAAUCACCAUGGCAACCAUGGUCGGGAGGCGACGGACGAUACCGAUGGAACACCGUUCGGGAGUACGAGUUGUAUGACUGGCUUAGGGUCGGAAAGUUCAGCAGAACUAUCCCGAAAGUAUCGCUCAAUGUCCACCGUUCAGCGACAGCAACGAAACCGAGCUGGAUCAAGCGCAUCCUCGACGAAAGUUUCUUCGGAACCGGAUGUCAGUAACAAGAGACAACUAACUAGUGAAAGUAAGACGGCUGCGCGGUGCCUAUCAACCAGCGAUCUUUCCUCUUACAAAAGUCGUUCCGAGCAGAAGUCACGCAAUGGACAGGGAUUGAAAAAGGGUAAAGCACCGUCCGGUUCACGAGUGCGGCCACGUUCAGCAUCUCAGCGAGGCAGGUCGGAUUGUAACGAAAAUACAGCUACUGAUUCUGCAUCCGGUGACUACCAUACAAUUUGCCAACGGUUGCAUGCUGUCUCGCUUGAACAGGAAUCCUCUCCUUCCGCCGAUCCUAUUACAAGCCGGACUGACCUGACCGAUCACGAUCGACGCAUUCUGCACUGCAUGGUUCUCAAGCGCAUUAAAGAGCUGGAACAGCUGGAAGAGGCUGUCCUUGCAAAACAAUGUUGGGAGCAGGAGAAGGUGUUCCGCAAGUCAUUGCUUGAUCAACAGGAACGUAACUACCGGAAAGCAAUCCGACAAAAGCGCACCAUCGAGAUGAUCGAGGUGCGAAAUCGAAAGCAACGGCUGGCCCGUCUCGAGCAGCAGCAGAUCGAAAAGAUACAGGAUGAAAUAAAUGAAAAAGAUCUGCGGUCGGCAAGUUUGCUGAAGAACAUCGAAAUUAAGAAGGGCAUUCGUGAAUGCGAACGCAGAAGCCGCGAAUUGAAACGCCUCGAAGACGCAACGGUAAACCAGGAGGAGAAGGUACUCGAUGGAGACAUCUGGCGACAGUCGCUGGUGGAAACGCUGGAGGAGCGUGCCAACCGUGCGGAAGGGCUGCGACGGAAAGUGAUGGACGUGUACCGGCGGCGGCUGAAAAUCGACAAUCAGCUCGAACGUAAAAUGCAUGCACACAAUCUGAAGCAAACACUCGAACAGGAGCGGUAUAAGUUGUCACUGCUAAAGGAACGCAUCCUGAUACGCGAGAGCCGGUUUCAAAAGUUCAAGGAUAGCAAGAAGCGCAUUUUCGAUCAGCUGAAGAAUCGAGCCAAAACGACUGCAGCGUUGCGGGACAUGGUGCGGCAUACGAUCGGUCCCGGGAACUCAGCAGUGGUUAGCGUGUCUGCCAGCAACACCCGGCCAGGUUCGGUUCAGCAACAGCGUUGUGGUUCUUCUGCACGCUCCACCGUUUCGGUUGCCAUAGAAACUGUUCCGCAAAGGUUGCUAGACGUUGUACGGAUUAAGUAAAGCAAAUGGGAUGAAGAAAGCACAAGAAACGUCCUUUUCUUAUGGUUUUAUACAUAUACGAGCCCAUCUUCCUAUGUAAUAAAUAUCCAUCACCCCAUGUCCUUUGAAA